AUGAAUGGAUGGAUGGAAAUGGGAGAGGAGGAGAGUGAAUUGCAGUUGUUCAAUAUGCUUAUGGAGGAGCAGCUUGCAAGUAAUCCAUCAGGUGUUAGUACCGAUACUGUAGAAGAUCAAAGUUGUGCUUCUGAGAAGGAACAGAAAACUCCUCAAGAUAUUGCUAGGCAAAAGCGACAGUAUGUUUUGCGAGAUUACGUGAAGGAUUUGAGUUCUGUCGUAGAAGGAUAUAUGGCAAAUUUACAAACGAUGGAAUUGCCUGAGGAUUUAGUUGGCAAAGAUAAAAUCAUUUUUGCAAACAUCGUCCAGAUUCUUGACUUUCACAAAACACUAUUUCUGAAGGAAAUUGAAAAGUGCCUUGCGGAUUACGAAGCAGCGGGUAACACUUUUGUAAAAUAUGAACGAAGGUUACACACGUAUUAUGUGAAAUAUUGUCAGAACAAACCAAAAUCAGACUUUUUGAUGGCACAAGACGAUUUUGAGGAGUUUUUUGCGGAUACCAAGCAAAAACUGGGUCAUAAAAUAGCACUAUGUGAUUUGCUAAUUAAACCUGUGCAGCGCAUUAUGAAGUAUCAAUUAUUGUUGAAAGAUAUCCUAAAAUAUACGGAACGAGCAGGUGACAAUACGGAUGCUUUACAAAAAGCUCUGGAGGUAAUGCAUGUGGUACCAAAAGCAUGUGACGACAUGAUGCAAGUUGGUCGUUUACAAAAUUUUGAUGGCAACUUAAAUGCUCAAGGAAAAUUGAUUUAUCAGGGAACGGUAGCCAUUUCAGACAAUUCUCCUUCGCAGCCUUUCAAGGGAAAAGAUAGGCGAAUAUUUUUAUUUGAGCAGUCUGCAAUCAUUGCUGAUUGUAUUUUACCAAAGAAAGAAUUUGGAAAUGCUACUUACAUAUUUAGAAGUCAGAUUAUGGUAAAUAAGAUGGUACUUGAUGCAGAUAUCCCAGAUGAACCGCUGCGGUUUAUUCUGAAAAGCAAUGAUCCGGCGCAGCCGAAUGCUUUCUUAGCACAAGCUAAUACAAGAGAAGAAAAAGAGCAGUGGAUUUCAAAGAUUAAUAGUCAGUUGGAUCAACAGAAGACACUUCUGGCUGCUUUAGUUGAUCCCAAGCGUUACCAAAAUCAACUUGCUGGAGGCGUCAAUUCAUUAUCUAUAGAAGAAACUGACAAGAAAAAACCGAUGUUUUCACGAUUAACAGGUAAAAAUAAGGAAACUGGUAGUUCUGCCACAUGUUCUGCAUCGUCUUCAAUGCAUCAAAUUCCCGCUGCUCCAACAUUUACGUCUAAGAAUAAUUCAUCCACAAAAUCAUCUAAACUGUUUGGUUUUGGGAAGAAAUCAAAUCCAUCUAACAGUAGCAAAUCGACAUCAGGAGGACCAAUGCCUGUAGGUAAAUUGAAGUGACC